AUGCUCAAUACUAAUCUUAAUAACUCGCCCUUAUUCCAAUAUCCCCAACAAAAUUAUACCUGUGAUAAAUGUGGUCAGGAAUUCCAGCAAACUAUCACCUACUCUCCGGCUGGUAACUUAGAAAAAUUAGCCCAGCAUCCUACUUAUUGUCCAGACUGCACCAAAGCAACUUUAUUAGUCCCAGUGGCUAAUUCCAAUGGUAGGAAAAAAGCCAAAUCUCAGCCUAAAAAAAACACAGUCGCUUAUUACCAAUGUUUAAGUGCUUGCUGUCAAAAGGGAAUUAGCCCCAAGACCAUUACGCAGGUAGCCCAAGAGUGUAAGCAUAAUAGCCUAACCAUUUUAGCCGAACGCACCCAAGAAAUUCAAAAGUUAAAUGAGGCUUAUCGGCAAAUUGGGGUGAGUUUAACGAGUUUAUUACAACCGAUUAAGGAAGAAUAA